AUGGCUCCUAUCAGUAUACCCACCACAGUUGUUGAUGAAGCAACGAUGCGCUCGAAGCAGAAUGUCCAUUCAUCUACAUCCUCGAACACAAAGUUCGAGAUCAUGCGCCCACUCGUCCCGCUGGUAUCGGAGCACAACGUUCUUCACCUUAAUGCUGCAUUCAUGCCGCCGUCAAAUUUGAUAAUCCGCGAUGCCAUUGACCGAUUCUGCGAACUAGGGCUGCAUCAUAGCUCCCCGAAGUCCGAUUGGAAGAAGGACGUUGAGAAUGCACGAGAACUCGUUGCGCAGUAUCUCAACACUAAGCCAUCCUCAAUUGCCUUCACACGAGACACCACCGAAGGAAUGGGCUCUUUCAUGCACAGUCUUGCUUUUCAACCGGGUGAUAAUGUGGUCAUUCUAGACUGUGAGCACCCUAACCAAGCAUACGGGUGGCUAUCACUUCGGAAAGCAGGUCUCGAAGUUAGACAGGUGCCCACUGAUCAGGAUGAAAAGAGUCCUGCAAACGCUGCUACAUUUGCUUCCUUUGUUGACGAACGAACUCGCUGCAUUGGCUUGAGCUCGAUCAUGUUCCACAACGGACAGUGGAAUGAUAUUGCAGAUAUUGUCAAAACUUUCAAACCUAAGGGGGUGGAAAUUCUGGCAGAUCUUACUCAAGAGGUCGGAUUUACGGAUGUGGAUAUUCAGGCGCUGGGAGUCUCCGCGGCGGCAUUCAGCCUCCAUAAAGGGUUUAAUAUCCCUACUGGCAUAGCCGUUCUUUACGUGUCUGAGGAUUUCAUCAACAAAAAUGACCCUGUGCCACCUUUGGUCAGCUACGGGUCAGUCUUUGACCCUUCGGAAGAUUUUCAAGUUUCUUCGGGACCAGUUGCCUUCCACCCAACAGCUCGAAGAUAUGAGCAUGCAAACAUGUGUCUCAUCGGAGCUGUUGCUGCAAAAGCGUUUCUUCGGUUUUAUCUGGAUGUGAUCAACCCAAAUGAUGUUCAACAGCAUUUACACAAGCUUGGAGAACUUCUUCGUCAAGGAUGCCAGCGUCUUGGUAUCAAAAUCCUGGGCCCAGGCGGUCGACAUGCUCCUCAUCUCUAUACUUUGAAACUGUUCAACCCUCGAUGGAGUGAGCACUUCAAAGCCAAUGAAACAGUUGUUUCUAUCUUUCAUUGGGGUGUAAGGGUUUCAUUUGGGUUUUAUAAUGUCCGGUCAGAUGUGACAAGAUUCAUUCAAGUGCUGGAGAGUGGAAUUCAGGCAGGUAUCACGGAAGAGUAG